CAGUUGCAUCCAAAAGUUUCUUAUUAUCUCCUGUCAUCUAAAAGAAAAGUGAAUUAAAAAUUGUAAUUCCCUCUUUUGUGUUCCAUCUUUGAGAGACCCUCAGAUCCACCAACAUAGUCAUCAUUUUCCUUGACAUUUUCACCGGCCGCUACAAUACAACCACCUAGAUUCAAGGAAGAGAAUUCAAAGAGAAAGAGAAAGAAGGGAGGAAAAGAAAAUCAAUCAUGGAUAUUGGUGAAGUUGAGAGGUUCAUCAAGGUAUGGCUCACAACCAUCUCAUGUCUAUGCUAUUGUUAUUACAUAACUUCUAGAAUACCCAAAGGCUUCUUAAGGCUUCUCUCCCUUUUCCCUAUUCUCUACCUCUUCCUCAUCCUUCCCUUGAACCUCUCUUCCUUCCACCUAGCUGGCCCCACCACCUUCUUCCUUGUUUGGCUUGGCACUUUCAAACUCAUUCUUUUUUCUUUCAACCAAGGCCCUCUCGCCCUAUCACCCCCAAACAUUCUCCAUUUCAUCUCCAUAGCUUCCCUCCCCAUCAACCCCAAACAACUCCCACCACCAACAAAUAAAAACCACACAAACAACACCACCCAAAAGCCAAAAUGGCUUUUCCUCCUAAAAGUGCUUAUUUUUGCAAUGAUCAUACGUGCUUAUGACUAUAGAGAAAAUUUACACCCUCAUUUCAUCUUAGUCCUAUAUUGUUGCCACAUGUACCUUGGCAUAGAACUUGUGUUAGCCCUUAGUGCUGCCCCGGUUCGAACCGUUUUAGGGUUUGAGAUUGAACCACAAUUCAACGAACCCUACCUUUCCACGUCCCUUCAAGACUUUUGGGGUCGUAGGUGGAACCUCAUGGUUACCCGUAUUCUACGCCCCACCGUAUACCACCCCGUAUACCGUAUUUUCAUACACUUUGUGGGUCCUUCUUGUGCCAAGUCAAGUGCCGUGUUGGCCACGUUCCUUGUGUCCGGGCUCAUGCAUGAGUUAAUAUAUUAUUACCUUUCACGUGCGCCACCCACGUGGGAAGUCACGUGCUUUUUUGUGCUUCACGGUGUGUGCACGGCGGCGGAGGUGGUGGCAAAGAAGGUGAUGCUCCGUCAUGGAUGGCGGCUGCACCGCGUUGUGUCGGGGCCGCUCGUGGUGGCGUUCUUGGCGGUCACGGGGAGGUGGUUGUUUUUUCCUCAGCUGUUGAGGAGUGGCCUGGAUAGGAAGGCCAUUGGGGAGUAUGCAAUUUUGGUGGAUUUUGUUAAGUCUAUGGUGCCAUUAUAUUUGUUUUGAUUCUUUAUAGUGAUGAACAUUGUGAUAUUAAUAGUCAAAUCUGAGAAACUUACAAUUGAUUACUCAGUUUUUCU